AGGACAGACCCAUGAUUCCUGUGCCAUUAUUACGUAAACAUGAUUCAACAGCAAGCAUCUCAGCUGUAUGCAGGAUCCUCUCCGUAUUCAGCUGUAUGUCGCCAUGAAGGAAGUCAUCCUAAAUGGUGUCAAGCUGAACCGGUACCGGUGCAGACGAGGGAGCAAUUCCCUGGAGGGAUUACACUCCCACAUGUACAACGCUGUCCCUUCCAAACGCUGCGGCAUAAUGCCAUUCCAAGUGUAUCUGAUUGCCUUCGCCGUCCAAUGGAACGCCCAGAUGGAAUCCCUCCGCGUGGCUGGUGGUCAGGGUCGGCGGACGUCGUGUGUGGAUGCACGGCAGAUCCAGCGCAUGAACCAGCAGGCCGAGAUGCUCUUUGGCAAAGAGCAUCUAUUAGAGCCCAACUUUGCAGCUCCUAUGCCCUACCCGGAGGAAUACAAGGACCCGGAGGAGGAGGAGCUCCUUGGUGUCGAAUAUGCGCUUUGCCAAUCAACCAGCUUCACUUCUGCAGGCUACUAUGCAGAGAAAGUUGAGGAAGAGCAGUCCCGUGAGGAAGGUGAAGGUGAAGGUGGGGACGGUGAAGAGGAGAUGACUGAGGAAAGUGAAGAGGAGAAGCAUGCAGCUGAUGAGGGUGUCGACAUGUCUGCCGAUCCUAUCGACGACAUUAGCACAACUGUCACCCUGACACAUGUAGAGCGGGUGGAGGAGGAGGAGAGCCCUGCUCUGCAGGAUGUUAUGAUGAAGUACAGCCAUCUGCAUCUCCCCGGCAUAGAGCAAGUGGAAGCGCUGGCCCUGCUCCUGCUAGAACUGGCAGACGACACUGACCACCACCUCGUGCCUGCUGUCCUCAGGAAGAAGAUUGUCACCGCUGCCAAUUCUCUUCAGGACCACGACAAGUCUGCUGUCAACUUUGUGAGGAAGUACGAAUCCAGGUGGAGUUACACAUUGUUCGGCAGGUGUCUUGGUCCUGACACACCGGAGACAAGAGGAGCCCAGAAGACAAAGUUUGGCUGGAUGAGGUACCCCCAAGCUGCUCGGGUAACUGAGGAUAGCCGACUGUUAUACCUCGUCAUCAAAAUGCUCAAGAAUAGGCCUGCAAGUCACCUCUCUUCACCCACAAAAGUCGCUAAUGUCAUCAAGUCCCAGUACAAAAGAAUCACAGACAGAGUGAGAGAUGACCCAGAACUCGGCCAACUCUCCAUCCCUCUGCCAAACAUCAAUGCAAAGUCCAUUACAAGCUUUAUGCAGAGGGAGGAGAAGAAGGCCAACUACACAGCGACUCGCGUUCCCAAUGUGAAGACGAAGGAGAGGGUGUUGGCAGAUGCCCCGAUGCCGGAUGCGGCGACCCUCCCUACAUCACUACCCACACCAAAAACGGGACAGGUGCAGUAUGAGCAGCGCCACCAUGAAACUGGGAGCAGACGGGCCGAGAAGAGGAGAUUGGAUACGAAGGAGACGGAGAGGGUCAACUGCCCCAUCCAGCCUAAACCUGCUGUGACAACCUUCCUACCACCAAGAGUGUCAGCCGCACCUGUACUACUUGUCCUGCCAGCACAGCCACAGGCCCCAACCAUGGUGCUUCAAGGGGCUUCCUGUGUACCCCAAGCACCACCUCCUCCACUGCAAGCAAAACCUGUGAAACCUCACAAGUCCUUCAAGCCCUGUGCAGCAUGCAACUUGCCACGAUGUGGUGGGCAGAGGAAGCGGUACACUCCGUCAAAAAACAAAACAGCUGGAAGCAGUCAGAAGAUGUUCACAUACUGUCCAGUAACUAGAAAAUCAGUUACCGCUGGGUUCGAGGGUGUGGUCUACACAGAUUAUGAACACUUCAAAACUGUGGUAGACGGAGUGUUGGAAAAGAGGAGAGCCAGCAGUGAGCACGGCACUACACAGUGAAAGUUGUGUUCUUUUGCAUUUCAGUGAAAGUUGUAACUAGCUAGAUAGUAGUCAGUUAUGUUGAGUUUGAUAACUUCAUCUUGAAAGGGAGGAAAGGACUUGAAAGGAUCUUGAAAGGACUGAAAAACAUUCCAAUCAGUGUCACUGUGAACACAUUUUGCCAGACAUCCUCAGGGCAAAAGUACUAUUUUAUUUUUUGUAUUGUUAUGACUGUAGAUUGUAGGAUGAAAUGUGAAGUUCAUGAUUAUAACCUCAAACAGAUAUUAACAUGUUACUUAUCAUUUGUUUCUAAAUGUCUUAGGGCUCAUGAAGAAGCUGUAUUUUUAUGAAGUAAAAAGGUCAGAAUGUUUGCUUUGAAAUGGACUAUCAAGGACUCUUAUGGAGUAUUGAAAAAUGGUUGAUGACCUUUCAAGUAAAGGACUUUAUUUUUUUUUCAAACCAAGACAACUAUACAAGAGGAGUCUUUUUGUACACGGCAGUGAAACAGAUUACAUAUCUUGUGUAUUUUCAUAUCUAUUUUUAUAGUACUUCAUGAACUUUUGAAAUUGUGUUGAAGAGUACUUUGAAGAGUACAU